UAUAAUGAUGAUUCUCCCCAUAAAUGUAAACCCCUUUGAUGAAGUGGAAGGCGAGUCCCAACGGGUUCCGCCGUCGCAAUCGCCCACGCCGGUGCCGCCAACUACAAAGCUGGAGAAUUGCGACAUCGAUGUGAUGGAGAUCAGGCAGCAGUCCCCGCAGCUCCAUCCUCAACCUCACCAUCUUCCUCAGCCGCUGGAUCACGCUCCCAUGGCUACAAUCGAUUCGGAAGAGUACCGGGCUUUUCACAAGUCUCAGCUCGAUCUGGCUUGCGCCGUCGUGGCUAUGACCAGGCGGUAUUAGUUUGGAUGAACGAAAUCAAGAAAAGAUUGAGAAAAAGAAGGAAGAGAGAUCUGGCUGGAAAAUUGUGGAAGUGAGAGAAAGAGAGAGAG